UGCAGGAGGGGACUACAGAGGGCCUGGGAGCUCUGCACGGUCUCCUCACGCCCUGCCCUGCGCCUUCUUUGCACCAGGCUCUUCAUCUGUACCCUUUGACAAGUCCCAGUGCGGCAAGUCAGCAGUGCGAGAAACAGUUCAGUGUGGCUACCGACCUGCCUUUCUGAAGUCAAUCUGGUUGCCGUUUCAAGAACUGCUUGAAGUCCAGAAUGGUUGGAAACGGCACCAACAGAUUUCACUGUGAUCAUGGGAACUAGAGUAUACAGCAAUAUCCAUGCGGAGAGAAAGCACGUGCAGAAGAUCAUUAUUCACCAGGAUUACAAGCCGCCCCUCUUCGACAGUGACCUUGCUCUGCUCCUGCUCGCCACACCGGUGAAUUUCACUAACUUCAAAAUGCCCAUCUGCCUGCAGGAGAGAGAGAGGAUCUGGGACCGGUGUUGGAUGGCAGAGUGGGUGUCGGUUCAUGGGUAUGGCCACUACGAUAGCUUAAACAUGCACCUGAAAAAGCUGAGGGUGGUACAGGUUGACUGGAAAGAAUGCCUCAAGAGAGUAAAAGAGCUCUCCAAGAACAUGAUUUGUGCCUGGCAGGAACCAGGCACCAAUGGCAAAUGCCAGGGAGACAGUGGGGCGCCCAUGGUCUGUUCCAUGCGUGGGACUCAGAGGUUCUUCCAAGUGGGUGUCUUCAGCUGGGGCAUAAGAUCCGGCACCAGGGGAAGACCUGGUCUGUUUGUGUCUGUGGCCCAGUUUAUCCCAUGGAUCCAGGAAGCGACGCAGAAAGAGGGGAAAGCCUUCACCGUCUCCGCAGCCCCCAGGAGCUCCCUGGUUCCAGCUCCACAGUACCCCGUAUUCCUAGGCUUGGGGUCUCAAAUGCUGCUUGCCGCCAUGUUGACUGGAGAUAAAUCAAACCUCUAGGCUGUGGACUCACGCGCCUUCUCUCUCUCUCUCUCUCUCUCUCUCUCUCUCGUCCCUGCUCCCCUCCCAUCCUUACACAAGCAUCUGUGGAGUAUUACUGCCACGGCCUCUGCCCCAGGCUCCAGAAGGUAAACAUAGACUCGCUUCUCCUGACUCUCACAAUCCAACGAAGGAACAUCAAACACAGUGCAGAGAGGUGCAAGCAUUUCACAGGGGACCCCAGAGGGAAAAACAAUAACUUCCAACAGGGAGGUCAAGGUCAAUGCUUCAGGAAUACACUGGAAAACCAAUCCUGAGAGAUGUGUUUCUGGACCUGGAUUUCCUUAUCUAUGAAAAAGGUUCAAUGUGAUGUAUUCUAAGAUCUUACAGCACACCAACACUCUGUUGUGCCUACUAACUUCUUGUAUGUCUCCCAUGGGACACAAUAGCUAUUGAACACCUUUAACUCUAUCAGGUCAGGACUUAACAGAGACCCAAACACCACUAACAACAUAAAGUGUGCCCCAUCUGAGGCACAGGUGCUUCUCUCCCAGGCUACUCAUGGAAGCAACAUUGCAGUAGAGUUGGGGUCAGGGGUCCUUUGUCCAGUUUGGAGCUGCAAGUGGGGAGAUGAUGACUUGGGACUUUGAGACCACAUUUUUCUUGCCCUUCCUUUAACAGAUCCAAAUAUAGAAAGUUUGGAUAAUAAGGUGGCCUGAAGGAAGUGAUAGUGUCUUCCCUUUUAGAGAACUGGGAGAUUGUUUUUAAAGAUCAGUGCUUCAGAGUAAAGUCAGGGAUUGGUCGUAGAGUCUUUUCAGGGUUCCUUGUUGCUUAAGUCCACCUCGCACUCCUUCACUCAGAUAUGUGAGCACUGGAUAUGUAUCAGGUGUUGGAAGGAUACAGGAAUGUGGCUAUGGAUAGCUCAUGACUUCAAGUGUAUAUGUUAUAUCCAAAUUUGUGCAUCUCCUCACAGGGCUCUCUAUUAAUCAGUAACUGCUAUAUACAGAGUUUCCUUUCAUUUAUAUAGAAAAUGUUAAAAUACUGCCAUUUCUACACACACAUGUAUGCACACAUGAGCUCUCAAAAGGUUGUGGAAAAUAUGUAUUACGAAAAGUGCAUGGAUCUCCAAAUGUUUUGCAACAAAAUGAGGUUUUCAGGCAAUUUCCACAUGGAUAUUUUGAAGCCAUGUGGGGGUGUGUAUGAAGAGGUAGACUUAUUUUAAGGCAUUGGACCCCGUGGUGGUCAGGGCCAGCUGGUCUCAAGUCUGCAGGGUGGCCUGGCAAGCAGGAGACCCAGGGAAAAGGAGAUAUUGCAGUCUUGAGUACAAAAGCCACCUGGGAGCAAAGAUUCCUUCUCCUUAGGAUGUUCUCCUGAUUGGAUAAGGCCCAUGCACACGUGGAAGGGGAUCUACUUUACUCAAAGUCUGCUGACAUAAAUGUUAAUCACGGGGCAAGCAGCUGACCCAGUGGUUAAGAUGCCUGUGGUCCAUAGAUAAGUCCAACUCCUGGCUCCAGCUCUGACUCCAGCUUCCUGCUAGCGCAGACCCUAGGAGGCAGCCAUGGUGAGCCAAGAAGUUGGAUUCCUGCUGCCCACAUGGGAGACCUGGAUUGCGUUCCUGGAUCCUGGCCUCAGAUGCCUAGCCAUUGCAGGCAUUUAGGGGAGAGAAACAGCAGAUGGGAGUGCUCUGUUUCUCUUCCUGUCUCUUAA